AUGGCCGACACGGCGUGGCGACUCGCGGCGCAAGAGGACGGAGAGCGAGUGCGCAAGUUGCAGGCGUCGAUCGCGUCGCUGACUGCAGAUAUCGACGCUGCAGCAACACAGGUGAAUGCGUUGCAAGGAACGCACGGCGGGAGGCCGGCGGACAGCACGGCGUGCAUUGCGGCGAGCGAGGGGCUGAUGCGGCUGCUGCUGCGACUCGACGCGCUGACGGACCUCCCGCCGUGGCUGUCGGCGGAGCGCAAGGCGCAGGUGGGCCGCAUUCAACACCUCUUGAGGCAGGUCGAUGCUACCUCAAAGUCCCUCGGCCCCACCGCCAACCCAGCUAUAAGCACCUUCGGCAACAGCACAUCCGCGCAGGCGCUCGCGCAAGCAGCAGCCGUGGGGGAGCCGUUUCCCCUAGCGCCCAACAACCCGUUCGCCCCCGAGCCGUCCGCGCUAGCGCAGUCGUUCUCGUCCUUCUCCUUCUCCCACUCGCCCGUUGGGGAGAUUGACUUAGAGGAAGCUCUAGGUCUGAAGCCAAAGCCCCCUCCUGCUGCUGCUGCCGCUCCUGCUCCUGCUGCUGCUGGUGCUGCUGGUGCAGCAUAUGGUGGUAUCGACUUGGCGUUAUCGCCCUCAAUCCACGAUGAACCCUCCGCGCUCUUCCCUUCCUCUCACAACACGACGCCGCUGCCUCCCCCUCCUGGUGCCAGGGCAGCAGCAGCUGCUGCUGCAGCAGCAGCGGCGGAAGGGGAGCGAAAGGCAGAGGAGACUGGGAGAAAGGGGUCAGAGGCAGGGAAGGAAGAGAGGGAGAAGCGGCAGCAGCACAAGGAGCAGGAGGAGCAGCAGGAGCAGGAACUGGGACCUCGCAAGGUGCGGUUUGAGAAUGGAGUGAAGGGUGAGGAUGCAGGCAGGGAGGCGGGCAGAGGGAGAACCGGCGGCAGCGGAAGGCGAGAAGGCGGAGGAGGAGGAGGAGGGGGUGCGAGGGGGACGCGCUUGGUGCCGCAGAUGCACGUGCCUAGCCCUGACUCAGAGAUCGUUCAGUUCAGCACGUUUGCGUCCUUUGCAGGGCAGCGGCCGCUGCUGCAUGUCACACCCAAGGCGGGUCCGCGGCAGGGGAGGAGGGAGGGCGUGCAGCAGCAGGCGCAGGCGCAGGUGCAGGAGAGUGGGAGUGCGGGGAAAGGGAGCAGGAAGGAGCAGGUGAAGGGAGUAGAGGGUUCCGGACAAGGGGAGGGCGGCCGUGUGAGUGCAAAUACCCACCCAGCAGCCCGCGGGUCGAAAUCAGGCACCUUCCCCAUGUCUGCUGUGUUCCGCAACCCGCCCCCUGUCGUGCCCAUGCCUCCUGAAACUGCCGCCGCUGCUGCCGCCGCCGCUGCGGCUGCUGCUAAAGCUGCUGCUGCGGCUGCUGCUGCUGCUGCUGCUGCUGCUGUUAUGAACUGA